CAAACCUUAGAGUUGGAGUGUUCAGCCAGCUACUCCUUUGCUUUGCUGAAUAACCAUACCAAACACGCCCAUAUUAAUACCCGCUCGGCGGUGGUUCUGCAAUCAAACGCAGGCCGCAGUCGCGUGCGGAACUAGAGCUCCUUCAGAGAAGUGCCGUGCCAGUGCCACCGCCGGCCGCAUCAUCGUUCCGCCCCCCUGUACAGGUGUUAUCAGUAUUGCUCGUGAUGCGGUGAAGCAUGAGCUCACCAAGCAUAUUGGAGUUGAUGUUUCGUAUACACGAGCUCAAGUCUAGGAUGAUGUUAUCUUGCUUUGAGUGUUCAGUAACUUCUUCCGAUCCAUAUUAUGGCUUCAAAGCAGCAGCAGAAACAGUUCCUGGAUGAAGCCAUGAUCAAGCAGCCGACACCGGAGGAGGACCGUGAGGGCGCAUGGCCCUCAGUGCUGACGAUCAUCGGCUUUGGAUUCCUAACCUUCAACUCAUUCAUGGCUGUGUACAGGUCAAAUGGAGAUGUUGGAUCUAUCUCCUUUGUGGUCUUCUCUUACCUGGUCCUCGUUCUGCUGUUCUACUGCCUGCGCCGAUUCGAGACAACUCCACCAGAGUCGCCUAGCCGGGAGCACAUAAAAAUGGCCGUGUGGGUACUCACCACGAUGCUCACUGCUGCGUUCUCAUACAAGGUGGCAGCAAUUAUGCCACUCCCGGUGCAGGUGCUGGUGUGGGCAAUGGCAGGAGCAACUGUGUUCGGUGGUUUUUAUGCUUUCUUCAUCCACCAGGAAAAAACCGCCCAGCUGGAACCCCCAAAACCAUAACGAGGGUGCCCGUCCUGCUAGCCGGUGUGCUUGCUGUGCGAUCGUUUGGCAUGUGCUUGUUGAGGGGUUGCUAGGGGAUUGGAGAGGAUUGAAGGGAUUAAAUCUCCUCCUAUUCAAUUUUGAAUAGGAGGGGAUUUAAUCCCCUUCAAUCCCCCUCAAACCACUAGUAACCGAACGUGGCCUGAGGGGGCGGGCGAGUCUUUAUAUUGAAUGAAACUACAUAAAAUAGCAUGCCGUCUCUGUCACUGGCAAUGGACGGUGGUGCCUAGCGCAACUCAGCGCACAACUGUGUGUCUUGAUUUUUCUUCUGUUUAUCACGGCAUUAGUGCCAUGCCGUUUUAUGUUACAGUGUUGUGUGCUCGCAAGCAUCCGAAAAUAUGCGUCUGAGUUUAGGGUUGGGUCAAACUUGUCGAAUUUGGGGUUCUGUUAUAAUAUGUUGAGCAUGAAUAAAGAUGGAUGCUGGUGACUCUGUCGCCAUCGCCGUCCAUCAUGAGUGUCCUGUAAUUCAACUUAUAUCUAUCAUGUAUGUAUGUAUGUAUGUAUGUAUGUAUGUAUAUGCUGUCUACUAUGCUUCUUUGUUUUAACUGAAA